AUGCCGGCCUGCGCCCCGCCGCGCCGCCUGCGGUCGCGGCUUCUGCCGCCGCUGCUGCUCCUGUGGGCCCUGGGCGGCCGCCGCCUGCGCGCGGAGCCUGGGGACGGCGCGCAGGUCUGGAACCGCUUCGCGCGCCCUCCGGCCCCCGAGGCCGCGGGCCUCCUCCACGACACCUUCCCCGACGGCUUCUUCUGGGGCGUGGGCACCGCCGCCUACCAGACGGAGGGCGGCUGGCGGCAGCACGGCAAGGGCGCGUCCAUCUGGGACACGUUCACCCACCGUCCCCCGGCGCGCCCGGGCGACCCCCAGGGAGCCGGCCUGCCGACGGGCGCCCUGUCGCCGUCCCCGCCUGCCGACACCGGGGACGUGGCCAGUGACAGCUACAACAACGUCUUCCGAGACACGGAGGGGCUGCGUGAGCUCGGGGUCACCCACUACCGCUUCUCCAUCUCGUGGGCGCGGGUGCUCCCCAAUGGCAGCGCAGGCGCCCCCAACCGCGAGGGGCUGCGCUACUACCGACGCCUGCUGGAGCGGCUGCGGGAGCUGGGCGUGCAGCCUGUGGUCACCCUGUAUCACUGGGACCUGCCCCAGCGCCUGCAGGACGCCUACGGAGGCUGGGCCGACCGCGCGGUGGCCGACCACUUCAGGGAUUACGCCGAGCUCUGCUUCCGCCACUUCGGCGGCCAGGUCAAGUACUGGAUCACCAUCGACAACCCCUACGUGGUGGCCUGGCACGGCUACGCCACCGGGCGCCUGGCCCCCGGCGUCCGCGGCGGCGCGCGGCUCGGGUACCUGGUGGCGCACAACCUCCUCUUGGCUCAUGCCAAAAUCUGGCACCUCUACAACACGUCUUUCCGUCCGACUCAGGGGGGGCAGGUGUCCAUUGCCCUAGGUUCUCACUGGAUCAGCCCUCGAAGAAUGACAGAUCACAGCAUCCAAGAAUGCCAGAAAUCUCUUGACUUUGUUCUUGGCUGGUUUGCCAAGCCCAUAUUUAUUGAUGGUGACUAUCCCGAGAGCAUGAAGAACAACCUUUCAUCUCUCCUGCCUGUUUUCACGGAGCCUGAGAAAAAGUUCAUCAAAGGAACAGCUGACUUCUUUGCUCUUUCCUUUGGACCGACCUUGAGCUUUCAGCUCCUGGACCCUCCCAUGAAGUUCCGCCAAGUGGAAUCGCCCAGCCUGAGGCAGCUGCUCUCCUGGGUCGACCUCGAAUACAACCACCCUCAGAUAUUUAUCGUGGAAAACGGCUGGUUUGUCUCAGGGACCACCAAGCAAGAUGAUGCCAAAUAUAUGUAUUACCUCAAAAAAUUUAUAAUGGAAACUUUAAAAGCCGUCAGGCUGGAUGGGGUGGACGUCAUCGGGUACACAGCGUGGACCCUCCUGGACGCCUUCGAGUGGCACCGAGGCUACAGCAUCCGGCGCGGACUCUUCUACGUCGACUUUCUGAGCCCGGAUAAGAAGUUGCUGCCAAAGUCUUCGGCCCUGUUCUACCAACAGCUGAUCGAGAAAAACGGCUUCCCUCCUUCACCUGAAAAUCAACCCCUCAAAGGGACAUUUCCCUGUGACUUUGCUUGGGGGAUUGCUGACAACUACAUUCAAGUGGACACCACGCUGUCCCAGUUCACCGACCCGCACGUCUACCUGUGGGACGUGCACCGCAGCAAGGGGCUCCUGAAGGUGGACGGCCUUGUGGCCAGGAAGCGGCCGCCCUCCUGCGCGGACUUCGCGGCCAUCCGCGCCCAGGUGGCCCUCCUGCAGGACACGCACGCCACGCACUUCCAAUUCUCGCUGGACUGGGCCCUGGUCCUGCCACGGGGCGACCGGUCCCAGGUGAACCACACAGCUCUGCACUUCUACCGCUGCGUGGCCAGCGAGCUGGUGCGCGCCAACAUCACGCCCGUGGUGGCGCUGUGGCGACCCGCUGCCCCACGCCAAGGCCUGCCCGAGCCCCUGGCCCGGCAGGGCGCCUGGGAGAACCCCCGCACCGCGCUGGCCUUCGCCGAGUACGCCCGGCUGUGCUUCCAGGAGCUCGGCCCCCACGUCAAGUUCUGGAUCACGAUGCACGAGCCGCACACGCGGAACAUGACGUACAGUGCCGGGCACAACCUGCUGAAGGCCCACGCGCUGGCCUGGCGCGCCUACGAUGGGCAGUUCCGGCGCUCCCAGAACGGGAAGGUGUCCCUGGCCCUGCAGGCCGACUGGAUCGAGCCGGCCUGCCCUUCCUCCCCAAAGGACAAGGAAGGGGCGGAGCGGGUGCUGGAGUUUGACGUGGGCUGGCUGGCUGAGCCCGUGUUCGGCUCCGGGGAUUACCCACGGGUGAUGAGGGACUGGCUGAACCAAAGAAACAAUUUCCUUCUGCCCUAUUUCACCGAAGACGAAAAGAGGCUCAUCCAGGGCUCCUUCGACUUUCUGGCGUUGAGCCACUACACCACCAUCCUUGUGGACUGGGAGAAAGAAGACCCAAGCAAGUACAACGACUACCUGGAGGUGCAAGAGAUGACGGACAUCACGUGGCUCAACUCGCCCAGCCAGGUGGCGGUGGUGCCCUGGGGCUUGCGCAAGGUCCUGGGCUGGCUGAAGUCCAAGUACGGGGACCUCCCCACCUACAUCAUCUCCAACGGCAUCGAUGACGACCCGCAAGCCGGCCAAGACAGGCUGCGGGUGUAUUACACGCAGAAUUACGUGAACGAAGCUCUGAAAGCCUACAUAUUGGACGGGGUCAACCUCUGUGGCUACUUCGCGUAUUCGUUUAACGACCGCACGGCGCCCACGUUUGGCCUCUAUCGGUACGCCGCCCAUCAGUGUGAGCCCAAACCGUCCAUGAAACAUUACAGGAAAAUCAUCGACAACAACGGCUUCCCGGGCCCUGAAACGCUGGGGCGCCUUUGUCCGGCAGAGUUCGCCCUGUGCACCGAGUGCGGCUUUUUUCACACCCGAAAGAGUUUACUCGCCUUUAUAGCUUUUCUACUCCUUGCUUUCAUUAUUUCGCUUUCUCUUAUUUUUUACUACUCCAAGAAAGGCAGGAGAGGUUACAAAUAG